AUGUCCUCCGCACUUACCUAUCCUCUUCCUGUUCUCCCUUCUAUCCCAGACGAUCUCGAAAAUCUUGACUCACGCUAUGCUUUACCUCAUCUGAUGGCACUAAUGAAGAACACACUCAUUCGUGGUCUGAAUCGCGUUUAUGCAUGUGCGCCUCUUGUCAUUGUCGGUCACCCCGCUCUUCUGCCUUUCCUCGACUAUGUGCGCUCGCUCCUCGCGCAAUUGAAUGUGCACCUCGAGGAGGAUGCUACUUUUUUCUCUGCGAAUGCUUUGGCGGAGGUUGCCGCAACUGAAGCUAACCCUGAUACUAAGACUAUCAAGGAAUCCAUAAUUUCAAUAACGAGUUUGGUGGCGGCAUGGAUUAUGGAUGAGUCCAAUUUUUCUUCAAGUGCUCUACGCGAGGGACUCUCGUUUGGACCUGCGCUGGUUACCGUCAUGCAGGCACAGAUCAGGGCGCUUACCCCCGCGCUGCUCAGCUCGAUUAUAUCCCACUUGGACCUUCUCGAAUUGAUUGCAGCCAGCGUCGGUCGCAUCAGUGAACACUCUGACAUGACCUUUUUGCUUCCUUUUGUUGUCUCGCAUCAUGAUCGCACCACUUCUGUCCAUUGGCCCAAGAUUCCUCAAGGCUGUAUUGAGAUGUUCCCAGCUCUUAUUCUCAACCACCCAGGAUGCUGGCAAUUCGCGCCGUAUAAUCCUUUCAACCAUGAGGCUCAGAGCUUAAUGGCCAUUUUUGCUCGACUUUCUUCAGGGUAG